ACACUUUCAAUUAUAACUUAUUCAUAAUUAUAAAACAUUCUAUAAUAAAAAGUUAAUGUUUAACUCGAUAAUUCGCGAAAAACAAAUUGCAUAUUCAUUCAGUUAACAUAAAUACACUCACAGAACCAAUAAUUACUUAUAUUGUUGUAAUUUCAAUGAGGCCGGUUACAAAAGUAGUCGUAAAGUUGAUUUGCAAUACAAAAUUAAGCGGCAUGUCUUACCCUUCGCGGGAGCUUUUGCGCAAAAGCUUUGUCGACAACUACAAUCUAACGUGUAAGCUCGAAAUUCUCCAAUCGCCCGAUAGCCGAAUCCAAUACGGAUAAGGAGUAAUUCGGCCCGCGCAAACCCUCAAAAGCGAAAGUGUAACAUAGUCCUACAGCGCGACGCCAUUUUUUUUCUUCGCUCGGCCGCUCAUGCUGCAUAUAUAUAGCGAAGCUGCGGAGCAACACGCAUCAUUCGCAUUCAGGAGUUCACUGGCUUCAGUGCAACCUACAAGAGCAGCAUCAUGAAGUUCAUGCUCGUGGCCGCCAGUCUGGUGGCUCUCUUGGCCUUCGCCAACGCUGAAGAAGCUAAGAAAGCAGAAAAAGAAGUGGCAGUGACCGACAACAAGGAGGCGGCAUCCGACGACAAGAAACACGAGAAGAGAGGUCUCUUCGAUAUCGGACUUGGCUAUGGUGGACACAGUGGUGGAUUCGAUGGUGGUUUCGGAGGUGGCAUCGGGGGUGGUUACGGAGGCGGCUAUGGUGGACACGAGGAGGUUCACAAAACCGUCACUGUGGUGAAGAACGUCCCUGUCCCCUACCCAGUUGAGAAGCACAUCCCCUACCCAGUAGAGAAGAAAAUCCCAGUGCCCGUAAAGGUACCCGUACCUCAACCCUACCCUGUGGUCAAACAUGUCCCUUACCCAGUCAAAGAGAUCGUCAAAGUGCCCGUGCACGUGCCCCAACCCUACCCAGUUGAAAAGAAAAUCCCCUACCCCGUCCAUGUACCCGUUGACAGGCCAGUACCCGUCAAGGUGUACGUACCCCAACCCUACCCUGUUGAGAAACGCGUGCCUGUUCCAGUCAAAGUGCACGUGCCCGCUCCUUACCCAGUAGAGAAGAAGGUCCCUUACCCCGUUAAGGUGCCCGUCCAUGUGCCCGCCCCUUACCCAGUCGUCAAGGAGGUCCAUGUCCCAGUGAAGGUUCCCGUCGACAGGCCCUACCCCGUGCAUAUUGCCAAGCCUGUGCCUUACCCCGUUGAGAAGCCUGUACCCUAUCCCGUAGAGAAGCCUGUGCCUUACCCCGUCAAGGUCCACGUCGACCGCCCCUACCCCGUCCAUGUUGAAAAACCCGUGCCCUACCCCGUCAAAGUGCCUUACCCAGCCCCUUACCCCGUCGAGAAGCACAUCCCCUACCCAGUGGAGAAGCAUGUGCCAAUCCCCGUGAAGGUGCCCGUUGACAGGCCUUACCCAGUCCACAUCGAGAAACACGUGCCCUACCCAGUCGAGAAGCCAGUCCCUUACCCAGUCAAGGUGCCAGUCCCUGUGAUCGUCGGUCAUGAACACGGACACGAGUAUGGUCAUCAUGGUAGCUACUAAGGGCUGCAGGAAGCAGUCGUCUGAAUGUGAUAUAUAAAUAUAAGCUUAGCACUAAUACGAGCGGGGGACGUGGAACGCAUCAUCGAGGUGAUAGUGGCCCGGCGCCAGAUCACAGGGCGAUCCGUUCCACGCCUCGCGCAUUCGCACUGAUAAAAUAAUACUCUUUAUAAAUAGUCUUACUUUUCCUUUGUUGUGACUCUUUAAGCUUAAACAAACUUGUCUAACUGUUAUUUACGUUUGAGUUGAAUGUACCUGUUGUUUUUUUUUUAAGUUUAUACACGAAAAAUUGAUGAUUCUCCCUCUCAAGGAAUAGAUUUUUUUUACGAACUGAUUGUAUAAAAUAAAGUUUGGCGAUGCCAAAAAUUUUACGGUAGCACUUGUUUUUCUUCGCCUUGUUAUAUGUAAUUACGCUGAUCGUAAGGCAUGAUGUGUUUUGCGAAAUGCGUAAUAAUAUGACCCAGAUCUGUAUCGCAUCGGAGCGCCGUCGGUCGUGACGCAAUGGACCGGCCGUGCAUUUUCAUUCUUGACAAUAUACACGUGGUAAACGAUAGUUUUGCGCAAUCGCCGCCCGUGUUUAAAUUGUUAUGGCUCAUGUAGAAAGUAUUAUCUCACACAUCAGAUUCGAUUAUGAGCAGUAAUGUAUGGUUUGCUCAACUGUAAAGUUAACUCGAAAGGCAAGAACAAGCAAGGCGCUCGUUACAAAAUUUCUGCAUUGAGAAUUUUAGAGAAAUAUCAUUUGCCCACAUAUUAACGAGUAUUGUUGUUUCAAGUAAACAAAUAAACUGCAUACGAAUGAAACAGAAAUGCACCUUACAAAAUCUUAACUCUAGCGCAAACAUUUAAUUAUCGACAAAGAAUUUACUAAAUUACUAAUGAGUGUUGUUGUAUAAAGUAGUCUGUAUAAUACAACAGUUUAAUGGCCCAUCACUCAGUAUUUUCGUCAUUUUCCCCGGAGUGUAUCGCACUCAUAUCGCAAUUGCGACGGACAUGGUGCGUUGCAAAAUUCUAACGAACAUUAUUAACUAGUGGGUCUGUUGUAGUAAUCUUGCGAUUUUCUUGGUGACACAGUGGUUUGCGACAGAAAGCGCAAGUGACUCCAUAAGUUACGAGUAAUUGCGAAAAUGCAAAAUCCAUAUUUACAUAACUUUUGUAAACCAAUUCGUAAAGUAGUUUGCCGUUGCAAUUAUUCAUAACAAACAGCGGUGAUUUACUAUGAUCGAUGGUUAGAAGUCUGUGUCAGUGUAUUUAUGAUUUUCACUGGUACAGUUAUUCAUUAGAAAUUUAAAUAUCCUUUACUUGAAAGCUGAAUGGUAAAAGUAGGUUGUUUGUUACAAAAGAAUUUGUUUUAUCAGAUUAACCGCCACUAAAAGUUUAGUCAGUUGUAAUUUAACUAAGACGUAGGUUGUGGAAAUAAUUUUACUAAAGAACGUAAUCUAGAUGCAUUAAUUGAAUAAAAGCCAUGAUCUAGACGCGAUUAGAAAAAUACAAAUGGAAAAUUUUAAGUAUUAUGUUGUAAGAAAAAACAACUUUAGUUGAUGAUUAGUAUGUGCAACGAAUAAUAACAAGAUUUCAAUGUGCAUCAAUCCGACAUUUCAAUUGAUUGACAAAUUCAUAAAAACAUGCCAUCCUUAAUGUCACCGUAAUAAUAUGUCGCAAUUUUGCCGUAUUUCAUGUUGUAGUUUAAAUACGUCUAGUCUUGAUUAUGAAUAACUUAGAAAUAUCUUUGGUAUAAACACAAGCUAAUUUGAUUCAACUUAUUUCGACAUGGAACUACCAUAAUAUGUAAGUGAAAUAAAAUUAAUAAAUAGAGAUCAACUGACUACAAUUAUUUAUUAUCAAAAUAAUUUGAUAUUAUUAUGUAUUGUAAAGUUAAUAAUGACGCGGAAACAAAUAUUAAAAUUCAAUCCCUACCGAAGCAGAUGUUGCACUAAUAAAUUGUCUAAAUAGCAAUGAAAAAGAUCUUUAUUAGAAAAAUAUUUGGAGUAACAGGGAACAGUGCUUAGUUUUGUCGGGUAUUAUUCAAUGUAUUCAUAAAUUCAAAACACCGAAAUCAUUUAAUAUUGCUCUAUUUUUCUUUAUAUAUUCAACAAUAGGACCAGAGUUGUUAAAAAGAGUUUGGCUCACAAAUUUCGCUCACAUCACUCCAAGGACAUUUUGUUUUAGCCAUUUUGUUAUUUGAUAAGAAAAAGAAAACACAUGGCGUUAAUAGGUCAAGCUUAGACUUCGUUUAAUAAAAAGAGGGAUAAUGACUUUGUGUUAAUUAAAACUGAAAGAUAUUCUACUUACGCCAUUCAAAGUACUCACCUAAAUAGAUACUUAAAACAAAACAUUUCAUUCUCACAUCAAUAAAAAAAAUCAUCAUGCAACGCUAUGUCCAUUGUAAUUACAAAAAAAACUUAUUGCAACAUAAAAAAAUAAUACCUCUUUGAAAGCUAUUAAGAAUACAUUCGUAGUUUUUUAUUUCAAUGAAGGUCAGAGUGAACUUAAACAAAUGGUUUUACAACGGCCAGCUACAAUGUGUUGCACAAUAUAUUUAAUUAGAAGAACGUUCAGCGGAAAUAUGUAUAUCCUUUAGAAUAAAAAUUUUGCUAAAGGCACGCGUAAAAUUCGAAACGCAGUAAAUAAAAAUGUUUGAACAAUAGGCAUGAUGACGGGGUAAAGUAAACGAAAUUCUAUUAAGUCCAUCAGUAGAUGAUCAAAAAAUAAUGGACACGUAUUUUUCUUUGGACAA